AUGUCGCCGUUUGAGAUAAUCUACGGGAGGCAACCGGUCCUGCCAGCGGAGCGACUGCUCGCGGCACGAUUCCGGAUAAGCCAACCCUCCACUCCAGAGGGGGAAGAAAGGGCAGAGCACGACUUCGACACCUCAGUGCAAGGAAUUGGCGAAAUUCGACGAGUCAACAUCCUUCUGCGGCAAGCACACCAAGCCAAUAUGCGGGCGACCGCCGCAGCGAAUAGGGACAUAAUGCAGAACAGAUUGCUUGACUUGUGGUCCGCAGCAGGCGCGAAGCAUCAGAAGAAAGCGCAAGAGGUUGCAGGGGUGGGGAUGGCUGACAAGGGGCCAAUUCCCAGCAGCAGCAAUGCUGCAACAGUGCAGUACACCGGGGAUGACAUGCCCCGAGUGUGGCGGCCUAGUCCAGAGGCGUCUUUUCCGCAUGGGGUCUCUCCCAUCACAGGGCUAACCGAGGAGAAGUUGCAGGGGGAACUGGCACAUGCCCUGGAAGGGAUUGCUGCCGCCCGAUAG